AUGAAUCGAGGGAUAAAAGUCGAAGAGGCCGCAGCGAUGGUACGGCCGUUAUGGAACGACACCCUCCGUGGCAUCCUCGUAGCCUUAGUGAAAGAUCGAAAACCUUUAUGGGAUUCUCGUUUCCGAACCACAAAAGAAAGGUCCAUCCAGCUUUUCCGGGAAAUUGCUGCGAUCCUAUCGAAUCAAGAUAAUCGUAUGAAUGAAUGGUAUGUGCUGGAGAAAUGGUGCUGGAUGAUGGAGAUGUACACACGGGCUAUGGAGCGGCCUCAUUUCGAGUGGCGGUUCAAAGGUGCUAUGUCAUUCCACAUGGGCUCUCCAUCGAACGGUAUUCAAUAUAUUGAUUCACUGACACCCGAUUUGUUGGCAGAGGCUACGGCUCGAUAUGCGGAGACUGAUGCUGAAGUUAUUGAAUCCAAGACCGAACUGAGCAUGAAGUUUAGAAAAGGUUGCGCUGCAUAUCGAUUAGAAAUGACUAUUUGCUACAAUUCAUCGGUACAUGUUACAGAACCAGGUUCAAAUCCUGAAAUUCGACAAAUAUUGAAUGCAAGAAGAAUUGGCGCUCUAUCGCCACCGGAAUUCGUAUUUAAUCGUGAUAUGAAUACAUCUACCGAAGCAAAGUAUGAUGCAAAUGCUGAAAGCUCAACAGUGCAAGAUGAAGAGCCCCUCUUUAAAGAGGUAAAUGUGAAGCAAGAGACUAAUGAGAAUAAUGACUCGAAUGUAACGGCUAGAAUGGAUAUGUCUGCUACAGCUGCUGCGGAACCUACGUUGGCGUUUCUCCUUUCGAGUUGUAAUAGGAAAAUGGACGAGAACGUAAAGGAACAGCCACAAGAAACAACUUCCGACGUGAAUUGGACAUAUGAUAUAGUUUGUGAGCUGAUUGAUAGCUUCAAAGAACAUCCGGCGCUAUGGCAUUAUGCACAUCCUCAUUAUUGUGACCUUUUCAAACGAAAGGAAUAUCUCAGUAGAAUCGCGAUGAAACUGCGUAUAGUGCCUGGUGGAUCUGCCAUUAACGAAGAUCUUCUGUUUGAAAAAUGGAAUGCGCUUCAAGACCGUUUCAAUGAAGAGCUGGUCAAGUCAAAGCAGGGAGAAGUAAGCGGCUGGGAAUUCUAUCAGCGCAUGCUAUUCCUUACGCCAGAAGUACUAUCAGCCUGCAGAUUCGAUGACUUGAAUGGAGGUAUUCAAUCACCUAUGGUCACGAACAAUAUUGCAAAAGCUGUCGAUGCGAAUAUCCGUAAAAUUUUAGGCUACUUGCCAAAGUCAGUGCAACAGGAGAUGGAAACGAAUCAAGCCAAACGACCAAAAAUCUCACCAAGAACGAGUACUCCAAAACUUCCGUCUCGUAGGGAAAAUUCUUCUCAUCACGUGCAACAAGUCGUAUCUACAUGGGUUCCACCUCGUGAAGAUUCUAUCGAGGCGAUGAUGCAACCUUUUCCAUCUGCACCACCUACCGCUACAGCACAAAUCACGGCAAAAAACGAAAUUGGCCAUAUUCUGAAGAGUGAACUGGACAUGUUACGACAAUCCUCUCCUCACCCUUGUAUGAAUGGUUCGAAGUAUGGGGAUUUUGUUCCUGACCAAUCACUCCGACUUCAUGAAGACAAAUGGACUUUGAUGGGUCGUAUGAUAGAAGAGACUGCUCGCGAAUUGGAGUCGAAGAACUCUGAACUGGCGUUUCGGUUGCAGAAAGACAUCAACGACGUGAUUUUCAAAUAUCAGAUUGAAAGUCUUAAGCAUAAGCAAUAG